AUGAAGGCCUUCACCUCUUCGUCAGAAUCCGAUCAGGAUAUGCAGGCAUCGCGUCCUUACGAGUGCCACCUUUGCGACAAAUCCUUCUUCCGCCUUGAGCACCAAACCCGCCACAUCCGCACCCACACCGGCGAGAAGCCCCACCCUUGCGACUUCCCCAACUGCGACAAGCGCUUCUCGCGCUCAGACGAACUCACCCGCCACAUGAAGGCCCACACGUCGGCAUGCAAGAACGGCAAUGCCGAUCUCCUCUCGACCUCCCCUCAUCACUAUGCUACCUACCAGGACUACCUUCAGGCCCAAGAAUCUGCCGAAUGGGCUCGCAAGCAUAUCUGCCCCGUCCCCAACUGCUUCAAGUCUUUCACCCGAUCUGGCCAUUUGGCCCGCCACAUUCGCUCCCAUACCUCUGAAAAGCUGUUUGUCUGCCCCGUCGACAACUGCGGUCUGGGCUUUACUCGAUCCGAUGCCCUUCGCGAGCACUCCCGAACCCAUUUCGCACGCUCUCGCAGCCGCAAGUCCUCAGCCGAGGUGGGCCAAGACAUUCACGACAAGACCACCAGCACAAGCACCAGCUGUAGCAGCAGUAACAACAACAGCGUGUCUCAUUCGCCUGCGUCGACUGUCCGCUCCUCAAUGUCGCCCUACCCAAUGUCUCCCUCAAUGUCAGAGUCGGACGAGCCACAGGAGUACCCCUCGUGGGCCAGGAUGACCCCCAUCCAUCCCACCACUGCUCCUGCCGUCGACAUGGAACACCAGCAGCAACAGCAUCACAUUCAGCAACAGCAAUACCACCAGCAUAACCCGAGCCAGCAAUAUGCCCAAGAGUACCUCGGACCCAUUUCAAGCAAGGGACAUCCCACGAGUGAGACGCUCCACACUCCUCCUUACUCGCCUCCCAUGUCUCCCCGCUAUGGCAGCUCAAGCGCGACCCGCUACUCGGUUGCACCCUACCCUCAGUUCAAGGCACACAACUCUGGAUACCCUUCGUCGAUGAUGGAGAGCAGCUACCACCCCCAUCGCCAGCCUGGUCACCAGUACCCCUCGACCUCCUCGGCCGGUCCCUACGGAUACAACCACCACGCCCAGGGUAGCCACGAGCGCAUCCCUCUGCCCUUGCCCUCGAUCUCUGGCAACAGCAACCACGGCCACAACAGCAACCACGGCGGCAGCAGCAACAGCAACAAUGGAUCAGACUUCAAGCUGCCCCCCAUCUCAUCCCUCCUUCCUUCUUUCUAA